UCGAGUUGACUCUAAGCAGCAUUCCACACGGUCGCACCCAAAACAGAAACAGAAGCAAAGGAGAAGCUUUUGCGAAGGGUUUUGCCGACCGCUUUUUGGGGCAUAACAAAGAGGGAUAUGUUGGCAAGAAGGUUGGUUUCUUUCUUCAAGAAUUCUCCAUCUUCAAAGGUCUCAAGCGCUGGAAAUUCGGUGAAUGAAGAAAAGAGCAAGUCUUUUGCUCGUAAGGCUGUGUCUUUUGUCUUGAUUACUGUAACGGGUGGUGUCGCCUUGAGUGCUCUUGAUGACCUCGCCAUCUACCAUGGUUGUAGCAGCAAGGCCAUGGAGAAAGCCAGUAAGAAUCAGACAAUUAUAGAUGCUAUUGGGGAGCCGAUUGAGAAGGGACAAUGGUACAAUGCUUCUCUUGCGGUAGCUCAUAAAAGACAUUCUGUAUCUUGCACAUUUCCCAUCUCUGGACCACAAGGCACUGGAGUAUUACAAUUGAAGGCAGUUCGCAAUGGAGAUGAUAAUUGGUAUUCCUAUAUUCUGCCUCAGGACUGGGAAAUCCUAAUCAUGGAAGCUCUCCUUCAUGUUCCUGGAAAUGAAGAGAAGCAGCAAACGUUACGAAUUAGUCUCUCAGAAAACAACCCUUCUCCAGCCUGCAUAGCAUGCACUGAAUGCAGGCCUCAGCAAUCUGAGAAGAAAUGAGAACCAAUAGCAAGGAAGUAGUGAACUUUUUUCUUCCCUUCGGAGUCCCCUCUAUUUCUCAUGCUGGUAUCAGUUGAUGCGAUAUCAUAUGAAAGACAUUCAUAUCUCGUGUCCCUGGAAAAAAUAAAAUUUGUUAAAAUUUUGGCAAUCUUUUUGUAGCAUAUAAAAUAUGCUAAGAGAAAGACCAAUUGAUUUUCAUCUUCAGACAGGUAGAAUUCAAUAACAUUCUUUUGUGAGGAAUCACCAUCUUUUGAGAGGCAUUCAUUUGUCUGUUGAAGGUGCAGUGGCAGUGACAGGGUCACACAACCCUGAAAGGCUAAGUGUUGAAACCCUUGUGAUAUUUGAAUAUGAAAAUCCAUUUUUUAAACUA